AAUUAAUCCAGUUGUUGCACGUGUGCAAAGUUGGGCGGAUACACGGCUGCUAACAGUUACACGUUUCAUAGCAAUACUGUUGACACAUAGUUUUAGUUAGCUGUUCAUGCUGCGUGUUAUUACAGAGUGAAUGAACACUGCUCCGUUUUAUUUAGUCAGCUAUACACUUGUAGCCUGUGCAGGAGUUUAGUAUUCAACAGUACGUUUGAAUGUUUUGGCUCACUGCCACCUUUUACAGGUGCAACACGCUUUGUGGCAAAUACCUUCAUGGUGUGUAGUAAAUACAGAAGGGACUCAUUAUUUGACAGGGUGCAUCUGAGUGAUAUUUGGGAGGAGAGGACCCAUGAUCUCUCAUCUUUGUGCUGCCACACUAGCCCUGUACAUAUUGUGGAUCAUAAUGGCCCAGAUAGCUGGUCAGGAGGACAGAGAGAAAACUACUGCACUCAAAGAUUUGCUGUCAAGAAUAGACUUGGAUGAACUGAUGAAGAAAGAUGAACCUCCUUUCACUUUCCCCAAAACACUGGAGGAGUUUGAAUACGCCUUCAAUGAAUAUGGCCAGCUCAGAGACUUAAAAACUGGAGAACCCUUUGUAUUCAAUGCCAGAGAGGAUCUCCACCGCUGGAACCAGAAACGCUAUGAAGCUCUUGGAGAGAUCAUCACGCAGUAUGUUUAUGAGCUGUUGGAGAAAAAGUGCAACAUGACCAAAGCAAUCCUGCCAGAAGAUCCUACAGAAGAUGAACCCACCAGUUUUAUCUACCUGAGCCCAGAUGCCUUGUCCAACCCUUCUAAGCUGCUGGUGCUGAUCCAGGGCAGUGGUGUGGUGCGUGCCGGUCAGUGGGCCCGGAGACUCAUCAUCAACCAGGACCUGGACUCAGGGACACAGAUCCCCUUCAUCACCAGAGCCAUGGAGGAGGGCUACGGUGUGAUGGUGCUCAACCCCAAUGAGAACUACCUGGAGGUGGAGAAGCCAGCCAUGUCCUGUCCCCUGCCCUCUCCUACUGAGCCCUCGGACGAACCCGCUGAAAAGAGGGAACGCAAAGAUGAUAAAGAGGGCAAAAAGAAGAGAGAAUUUUAUGAGAAGUAUCGUAACCCACAGAAGGAGACGGAGACUGAGCGGAUCCCUAUACGGGAAAAUGGUUCCUCCGAGGAACACGUGCUGUAUGUGUGGGACCACUUUGUGUCCAAAGCCGAAGCCAAGAAUGUCUUCAUUAUGGCCCACAGCUACGGAGGGCUGUCUUUCGUUGAGCUGAUGAAUCAGAGGGAAAUGCAGGUGAAGAACAGAGCGUGUGCUGUGGCUCUGACUGACUCGGCUCACAACAUCUGGCUACAGGAGACCAGCAAAGGCACACAGGACUGGAUGCAGCAGCACUGUUGCAACUGGGUAUCGAGUCCGGAGCCUGUGGACACACUGCUGGAUCCCAUGCUGCCAGACUGCCCCAGGGUCUCUGCAGGCACCGAGCGGCAUGAGCUGACCUCCUGGAUGAGUUUCGACUCCAUCUUCAGGUUCUUCAGUAAAGGCCUGGAGGCGAAAGAGGAUGAGGAGGCGGAGGAGACCUCCAACACUGUUACCACACGCAGCAGCUCCCUCAAAAACAAACACCAAGAUUUGUAGAAGACCGACAAAAAUGACUUGGAACAAGAGGAGAGGGAGGUGGGUGGCAAGGGAUCAGAGGCGGGAAUGCAGAAAGGGAGGCUAAGGUUCCAGAUCCUCUCUGCUAUUUUUUUCUUUUUUUGCCUCCCUUAUCGUCUGUAACCUCCCUCCAUCCUUCUCUCCUCACUCUUCUCCCCGAGUGUCAUUUCUCCCUUCCAGCCCUCCCUGGGUGUGCACACACACACACACACACACACACACACACACACACAGCCUUGUUGUUGUAGGAGACAAGAGUACAGGGUCACCAUGUAUACAUCACAAUAACGUUUUGCAUUACUUCUAGAUGAGUGCAACUGUCAAAGCAAUAUGGGCCUGAGUGUUAGCGCUUCCCGUGGGCUGUGGCCUGGCUGCGGGUACGGGCCACGGCAGCAGAGAUUAAGGCUGACAGGCGCUGUGCACAAUGCACUGUGGUGCACCUCUAAUUGUCCUGACAUCAGCCUGAACUGAGCUAAUGCCCCGCCUGCCCUCCAGUCUGCACUGCUCAGUCUCCCCGUCCUCUCCCUCUCCCCCCCUGGUCCUAAAGCCCGUGCUGCUUACCCUGACAUCAGCUCAUGCUGUAUGGUAUCCUCUGCUAAGGUACGAUAACAUUUCAACCUGAUCGGUGCCCAUCUUCUUAUUUUUUUUCAAUCCUUAUCCACCACAAAUGUUUUUUUUUUCCAAAAAGGUGAACACAUACUCUUUACUGGUGACCAAUUGUUUUGUUUUAACAAAGGGUGUUUGUGUUUUCACUUCUUCAUUCUCUAACUCCUCCGCACAUGCAGUCAGCUUUUAAACUGGAGUUCUCUCAUUCAGCUUUGUGUAAAAUGUGGUUCAAACCCGUGCCAUGUAUUUCUGACAUUGCAAUGAGAGAGCAAUAAGAGAUAUCUUUUAUUGUUGUUCUUCUCAACUUUGAGCUACAUGUGAAUGCAAUGUCUCAUACAACAUAUUCACACUAUUUUAUUUUUAUUUUAUAUUAAGCCAAUACUUGAGCUGUAAGUGUUUACUUUAGAACAUCUCCAGGUUUGAUUUGCAAAGCUGUGGAGAGUCCGUAUCUAUGUGUUUAUUAUAAAUAUAUGUUUUGUUUUUUUCUCCAUUCGAUAUCCUUGAAAUUGAUGUUUCUGGAUGAUUGGAUGUGAUGAAACAAAUAAAACAAACACAUCUGUGCUGAAUAUGAAAAAUUCAGGACACUGAGAAUAUUUAAAAUUACUUAAAGUCAAGCAUCAAAAUGGGUUUGAGGGAUAUCUCAUUUUAACAGGAGCCAGAAGUCAGCUCACAACACUCAUAAAGCCUCAAUAUAUCACCUUACACGUGUCAGGAAAUUCAAGAUUUCAAUAUUAUUCUAAGCCUGAAUGAUAUUUCCUUAGAUGUUGGAGAAAUGUAACAUAUCUAUUUUUUCCCCUUUUUCCCUCCCACCAAAGUACUCUCUUCUUGUGUACUUAAAAGUGACAAAGUCAGCUCCCUGCUCAGCUGCACAUAAUCUGACUAUGUGACACAAACAUGAUAAAAAAUCUCCACGAGGCUGGUGUGCUUUAUAAACCACUCAAGGCUUAAUGGAAUACAUUUCUAAUGUGUCAUGACAUUAGUAAAAACUCAAACCGGAUACUAAAUCUUACGAUACCUUAGACACAUUCUCAAAUAUAUACCUUUUUUUUUUUUUUUACUUCAAGUAGUUUCCAUUGUUUAACUUUUACACUAUUAAAUCCUUCCUCUCCUGCCACUGUGUGUAUGGUUUAAGGCUUUUGUGGAUUAUCUUUGUGCUGUAAUGAGACAACUGUGGCUGAUGGUUGCAGGCCUAAUUUCCCUUUAAUUUGAUUCAGAUCUCUCCAGGUUUCAGCAAAGAAGUUGCUUUAUUAUUUGAUUUGAUGACUUUCGUUUCAAGAUACCAUUGCUCAUCUUGUCUGCUUUUCAGCUACAAUCAGUUCAUUUUUUUUUAUUUCAUAAUUUGUAUAUUGUUGCCUUAGGAAUAAACAAGACUGUGUUCACUGUUUUUAAUAAUAUCGAGCAAGCCAUAUGUGAAUGGAACUAAAGAUGUAAGAGCAGCCUAAAUUCGAAGCACAGUCUGCAAAUAAAAGGGGACUAAUUUUGACAAUUGCUCUUGAAGACUUCAUUUUUUUUGCAGAUGGUUUAUAUGUUGUAUUGGUUUAAGGAACAAGCAUAUUUUGUUUAAUCGCAUAAUUCUUUGGAUUUUUCUGAAACCGCGAGUGUCCCGUCUGAUCACAUGUUUCUUAUAUUGUCAAAUGUUUGUCUCAUUCUCUUUUGAUCCAUUUUGGUUUUAAACGACUGUCUUAAAAAAUGUUUUUUAAAGUUGAUUUAAUUUUUUGUAAUUAACCUCUUAAAGCUGUCGAAAGCAAAUACAAAUGAACUUUUGCA